AUGACCAUCUUCAUACGUAAUUUUAGUGUAGCAAAAAACGAACUUCGUAUAUCAAAUUUAUCAAAUUUAUCAAAUUUAAAUAAAUUAAAAGAACGAUUUAUAACUCAAUCAACGAUUCAGAGGUCACAAGAAUACUAUCUUGUAAAAUCUCCUAAGGGUGAAAAUUACAGAUUUCAUCUUGCAAAAUCAAAGCACUUGGUUGGCUUAAGAACAACACGAGGAACCAGAAAAUUCAACGAAGACCGUUAUCAAACUUUGGUGUUAGAGCUGAAUGGUAAAGAAAAUACACAUACAGAAGAACAGGCAGAUUUGGACAAUGAAGGUUACGGAACAACUUUUUAUGGAGAAGGCAAAGAAGGCCAAAUAUGUUAUUUCGCUGUUUUUGAUGGUCACGGAGGACCUCAAUGCGCUGAUUAUUUAACCGCUAAUCUGCAUAAACGGAUUGAGGACGUUCGAGCUUCCGAUGCUGAUAAGAUUGUAUCACAAUUUAGAAGCAUUGGAGGAUUUCGACCAACAGUGUUGGCACCAUUGUUAAGUCCCGAAAUGAUCCAACCUAAUAUAAAAAAUCGUACAUCAGAUACCAAUGAUGGUUCUACUACUAAUGGACUUGCAGCUUCAAGAAAAUAUUCAUCCGUCAUACUAUCUUCACCUUCUUCACCUUCUUUACCUUCGUCACCUACUUUGAUGAAUACUUCAACAACUGAACUUACAUUAGAUCAAAGACUUACUAUAGCAUUUCUAAAAAUUGAUUUGGAACUUUUAAAUUCUAUCCCGCAAUCAGUGGGUUCUACAGCAUCUGCAGCACUUAUUAAAACUUUGGAUGGAUGUCCUUUCUGGUCUAGCAAAGAAUUAAAAAUUACUGUUGCACAUGUUGGAGAUACUCGUGUAUUGUUAUGUGAUGUUCCUUCAGGAAAUGCUAUUUCCUUGACUUUUGAUCAUCAUCCAAGUGCUAUCACAGAACAUGAUCGAUUGAGAAAGUCAGGUGGAUAUAUUAUUACUGACUCAUUUGGUGCAGAGAUGUUUUUGGGAAAAUUAGCAAUUACUCGAUCAAUGGGAGAUUCUAAAAUGAAGAAAUAUGGAAUAUCAGCCGAACCAGAAAUUAUGAUGAAUACUAUAAAAGGGGAUAGCGUUGCCUUUAUGGUCUUGGUGUCUGAUGGGGUUACAUCAGUAUUGAGUAACCAAGAGAUAGUAGAUUGUAUAAAAAAUUACAGCGAUCCUACAUUGGGUGCAUCAAAACUUAUAGAUCUUGCGGAUGAGCUUGGAUCAGAAGAUAACAUAACGGCCAUGGUGGUGCGUUUACCGGGAUGGGGAGCUCCGAUGCCUGAUCAUACAAAAGAUUUAAGAAAAUAUCGGCUUGAUAAUGAUGCACCUUCUAUUAAAAGACGGAAGUGA